AUGACAGCUAUAUCAUGGCUCGGAGGACUCCUCCCUUAUUUAUUCCUCGCGGAAUAUUCCUACGCGCUCAGGCCUGUCUUCAACUACCCAAAUAACAUCGUCGAAGAAAAGGUCGAUGAGAACUCGAAAAUCGGAUCCGUCGUCGCGCACAUCCAGGCUUUCAGCGAGACCGACUCAAAUGUCAACUACUCGAUGCAGGCUUGGAGGGCUUCUGUCGAGGAGCAGCGCAAUCCCGUCUUUGUCAUGGACAAAUCUGGCGUCGUUACAGUCGCAGCUGAGAUCGACCUGGAGGAUCCCGAAGGAAAGACGAAAACGCAAUACAAAUUCAAAGUCACAGCGAGCAACACAAAGACCAACGAAGCCAGUUUCUGCUGGUUGCUUAUCCACGUCAACGACGUCAACGACAACGAGCCGGUUUUCGGCCAGAGCGAGUACAAAUUCUCGGUUCACGAAUCCACUCCCACGCGGACAAUCGUCGGCUCUGUCGAUGUCACGGACAAGGAUCUGAUGGAUCAGGGCAAUUUGAGGCUCUCUCUUGUCGAGAAGAAAUCGCGAAAAUCCCCAACUGCGUUUACAAUCGACAAAUACGGGCGAAUAAUGACCCACGAAAAACUCGAUCGCGAAAAAAUCGCCUUCUAUAAGUUCUACGUUAUCGCCAAGGACAGUCAAAGUCCAAUUCAUCAGAGCCAGACAAGCGUGGAAGUAACGAUCCUCGACGACAACGACUCGCCACCUGUUUUUGCAAAAGACGAGUUGGAAGUUCGUCUUUCCGAAGGAACGAAAAUCGGGACCAAAGUCAUUUCAGUCAAGGCAACAGAUGCCGAUGAAGGGGAAAAUGGCCGAGUUACCUACGCGUUGAUGAAUGACAAGGAUACCUUCGCCGUUGAUGCCACUUCCGGUGAUAUUAACUUGAUCCGCGAUUUGGACUUCGAACUAAACCGGAAGUUUGAGCUCCGUGUUCGUGCUCAAGAUCAUGGUCGACGGAGGCAAGAGUCAAUCGUGACCGUGUCGGUCAUUAUCGUCGAUCUCAAUGACAACGCGCCGCACUUCAACAUUAAUCCUCUCGUCGCCCGGGUCAAAGAAGACGCUAGAAUCGGCCACACAGUUACAUUCGCCAUUGCCUCGGACAAGGACGAUCCUAACAGCCCAAAUGGGAAGCUUUCCUACGAGUUGAUUUCUCCCAAACUUCUCCCUUUUGCAAUCGACAGUAAUACCGGCCGAAUAACUUUGGUCAAGAAGCUCGAUCGCGAGACCAUCGACCACUACGAAUUCCAAGUCAAAGCUACCGACGGCGGCGGCUUAUCCGACAUUGUCGACCUUCGAGUCAACCUGAUCGAUGUGAACGACAGUCCUCCGAAAUUCAGCCAGAGCAGUUUCAGCGUCAAGGUAGCGGAAGACUCGCGUCCCGGAAGCGUUGUUUUCAAAAUUUCGAAAAACGAUGUUCUCGUCGAUUUGGACUUGGCCGACCAGAUCGAGCUGGAAAUCGAUGAGCGAUCCGACAACGGCGUCUUUUUCGUUCAAUCAGAUGGGCUUGGUGGCGGAAAUGUCAUUCUAGGAACAAACCUGGAUUAUUCGGACCAUAAGACCUACGCCCUUACCCUCAUUGCUACCGAUCUUGUCGGGCACCGAGCGAGAGCUAUUCUGAACAUUCAUGUGCAGGACAAAAACUCCUACGCACCUGUGUUUGACAAAGAUGUUUAUAUUAUCAACGUCUCAGAGGAUAAAGCGCCAGGGCAGAUAAUCGGCAAAAUCGCUGCAACGGAUUCUGAUUCCGGCGACAACGCCCGUGUUAGUUAUACAAUUGGCCAAGGAAUCGCGCAGGAAGAAAUCGAGAAGCUGUUUAAAUUGGAUGAGGAGAGUGGUGUGAUUUCGCUGCUUGAAAAUCUCGAUAACGAACAGACUAAAUACUACAGCUUCGAGAUCAUUGCAAGAGAUCAUGGAAUUCCUCAAAAAACCGACCGCGCCAAGGUUGAGAUCAACGUCAUGGACGUCAACGACAACCCUCCGGUCUUCGAAAAGCGCGAAAUCAAAGUCACAAUUCCGGAAGACGCACAUGUCAAUUCUAUCAUCACUACUGUCAUUGCACAAGACGCGGACGAAGGUCGCAACGGCGCCAUUUCCUAUCAGUUGUCGCGUGUGGAUCCAAAUGAACUCGGCUACUUCCUGAUUGAUACGUACGACGGGACGAUUCGUCUGGGCAAGCCGCUGGAUCGCGAAACCACGCCCUGUUAUGAACUGGAAAUUGAAGCUCGCGAUCAUGGAACACCGUCCCUCUACGCAAAGGCUACAGUAAUGAUCACUGUUUUGGACGUCAACGACAAUGCGCCCCACUUUGAAUCGAGCAAGAAGCGCUACUACGUACGAGAAGACAAGGAUCCAGGCACGAUCAUCGCGAAAAUUGAAGCGGAUGACCGAGAUAUUGGGGAUAAUGCGAAUCUUGAGUACUUUCUGCUGCCGAAUCAGGAGACGAACAAUAUGUUCUAUUUGGACUCGGCAACGGGCGAGCUGGAACUGCGCCAGCCACUGGACUUUGAAAAGAAGAGAAACUAUACAAUCACAGUUCAGGUUUUCUCCGAUUCGCUCCAAACAACCGAAGACCUCACAAUAGAAGUCCUUGACAUCAACGACAACACUCCCACCCUCAAAGACAUGUACAUAACAUUCAACAACUUUGUCCAGAAAAGUACAAGUAGCCGGCCUUCCCUGAUGGAAGACGUAGCCGGAGACGAUACUGAAUUUCCAAUCAACCGAGUUAUCGGCCAGUUGAACUUCUUCGACCCCGAUGUGAUGGACAUUUUCGAGUUCGGGCAGGAGGGACAGGAAGAACUUGUGAAGGUGAACAAAACAUCUGGAGAACUCGCGGUGGGCCCAAAUUUAGCGGCGAUUCGCGAGUUUACAGCGCCAAUCCGAGUGUGGAUCAAAGACGGCCUUAACAAAGCUGAGGCAACACUUACGAUUGAGGUCAAGAUGGUGACGGACGAGGCGCUCGAAAAUGCCAUCGUGUUAACAGUAGUGCGACAGAACCUCGAGCAGUUUCUUCAAGUGGAUUUCCAGAACUUCCGCUCAUCCGUCUCAAGGGCUGUGGGAGUCAGCAAAUCCGAUCACGUGAUUGUCUUCGAUGCGCAGCAAUCCAAAGACAACGUCGAAAUCAUCCUCGCAGUGAGAAAAGAAAACGGCGAGUACUUUUCUAGCUCAGAGCUGAGCGCACUGGUCUACCUCAAACAGCGCGAAAUCAGCCCGCGAAUAGCGGAUCUAAGCGAUUCCGAAACCUGCUCUAGAGAGCCUUGUCAAGCUUUCAACAUUUGCGUUCCCGGUGUUGCCUUUGCCAAGAAAGCUGAGUUUGUCAAAUCGCGCGAUGUUAUUUUUCGCCGUCUCGUGAUGCAGAAACGGACCCGCUGCGUGUGCCCAAGCGGCUACGGCGCUGGGCAAUUAUGUCAAUCUCCCGUCAACUCUUGUUGGUCCGCGCCAUGUCAAAACGGCGGAACUUGUACGCCCAUGGAAACUGGCUACGUUUGCCAAUGUCCCGCAGGAACUCGCGGGGAGCACUGCGAACUCGUCGAGGGAAAAGGCCGCUGCGAUGAUGGCCCAUUAACUUGCGGUGGUGGAGCCAAAAGCUGCCAAAAUCUUCUCAAAGGUGGCUACGAGUGCAAAUGCCAGCCAGGUGUAGAGAAUAAGUUCUGCGAUGCAGAUACGAGAAGCUUCAACGGCAAAAACUCGUUCAUCAUGCUCCCUGGACUGGAAUCACGCUGGGAACUGACGGUAGAAUUCGAGCUCAGAACAGUGGUCAAGAAUGCCAUCGUGCUCCACAACGGCCGAUUAAGCCCAGAAGGCGAUCAUUUCUCAGUCUUAUUGCGCAACGGAAAGAUCUAUGUGGAACUUUCUACUGGCGGUAAAACGCAUUCUCUUCACAUAAACAGAAACGUCGCUUCUGGAGAGUUCGAAAAAGUCCGUGUUCAGUACCGCCAUGAAGCGCGCCUGCUGAAAGAGACCAAAGGAGACUUUCAUCUUCUCGACGGAAAGGGAAAGAAACGAGUUUUGAACAUCAUGAUCAGUGAUUGCUUCCGCUCAGAUGGAAAUGAAUGCGCCGCAGAAUUGGUCAUUUCGGACAAGGAACCGGCGACAAUGGAUUUGACUGGACCGCUUUUUGUCGGAGGCGUUCCGGAAUUCCUCAGAGACGAUGGAUUCACCGGUUGUCUUCGAAACUUGAAGAUCAAUGGCAAAUUCAAGGAUCUCAUGACGCCUCUUGCUUCGAGCAAUUCUCAAGUCGGCUGCGACAUGUCUUCUACCUCCUGCGACGACAAAAUCUGCAACAACGUCGGAACUUGUACCAAGCUCGGCGGGCAGAUUCAGUGCUCUUGUCCAGAUCAUCUUACUGGCAAUCGAUGCGAAACCAACACCAAAAAUCACGCAAAACGAUUGGUCAACGGCUACAUCCGAGUUCGCAACUUGAAGAAUCUCGUUGAUCGACAAGACUUUGAAGUUUACUUCCAAAUCAGAACCGAAUCCACUUCAACCUCGAUCCUUACUUUCGAAAACGACGAGAGCGAACUUGUCAUUGUCGAUGGCUAUCUUCAACUCCAUACAAAACGCUCGAGACAUUCUUGUGCCGACCAGUGCAUCACGGCUCUUAUCAGCGACGGCGAAUGGCACCAAAUCAGAAUCAAAGCUUCCACCAGUCGAACAUACAUUUUCGUGGACGAUCAAUUGAUCAUCAACGCUAGAAGUGGCACUGCUACUCCCACUGCUGGUCUCAUCAUUGGCGACAAAGCAAAACACAAAUUGGUAGGCUGCAUUGCUGGCGUCAAAGUCACCGAUGUUCGAUCUGGCGUUUCCGAAAGCCCGUUAAUGUCCCAAGUCGGAACUAUUCUCGACGGAUGUAAUCCGCAAGAACGAUGCAAAUCUUCCACCUGCUCCAAGGGCGCUGAGUGCAAAGAAACAUGGAGUGGCACUACGUGUGAAUGCAAAGACGGUUUCUUCGGGCCGAAUUGCUCUGGUGUUUGCUCUGUCAAUCCUUGUCUAAACGGAGGAAAAUGCGAGCCUUUGGGCAAAGACGGCUUCACUUGCAGCUGUCCAACUGAAUUCAGUGGCAAGUUUUGCGAACGUCAAUCUUCUUGUCCAAAGAGCUGGUCUGGUUCUGUUCCUGGCUCUUGUCGACCGUGCAAUUGCACUCAAGAACUUGGUUUUGCCGAAUCUUGUUCUGAAGACAUAAACGACUGCAAGUGCAAAGACAACUACUACCGCCCAAAAGAUCAGCCGUGGAAAUGCGUCCCUUGCAAUUGCGAUAGACUUGGAGCAGAAUCACCAACUUGCUCCGAUGAAACAGGCGCGUGCUCUUGCCGCAGGGGAGUGUUCGGCCGCCAAUGCGACAAAUGCUCGAAUCAGUUCGCAGAAGUGACGCUCAAGGGCUGCGAAAUUCUCGGCUCAGAAGUAUGCCCUCGAAACUCAGAAGCAAACGUCGUUUGGGACCGAGUCAAGUACGGCGCCACUGUAACGACCGAGUGUCCAGCUGGCAGCUCUGGAUUAGCGACAAGAGAUUGCACUCGGUUAGGCUGGGCUCAGCCAGAUCUCGAUAAUUGCCAAUCAGACCGCUUCGGCGAACUGGCUCGUUUCCAGCGCGCGCUCAAGUCCAACAACAGAAACUUGUCCACGCAGAAAGCUGUCAACCUCGCCGAGCAUCUCUUCCUGGCUCUAGAAGACCCCGAUGAACGAACUCUCUUCGGUCGGGAUAUUCAAGUCGCUUUUAAGCUGCUGCUAGAAAAUUUCGCUUUCCAAAACUCGCAUUCCGGCUAUGACUUGUCAAUGACCUCCAGUACCGAUUUUUCAAAACACCUCUUUGCAGCUAGCGCAAGAAUGAUCCACCUCAGCGACGAAGAGUGGAAAUCGCUCGACCCACUCGCCGCCGUCCACCUUCUCAACGCUCUCGCCGCUUAUGCCGAAACAAUCGCCGCCAAUUUACCAAGGACAUUUACAUCCAAAAUCAGCGCAAAGCACCCGAUCGAUUCUGGCGACGAUUUGGCGUUUUUGGCGAUCAACGGCACUUCCAACGAAAUCAUUCCUUCCGACGACGCGAUGAUCUAUUUCGACGCUUCCAAGCUCGCGGGCGAUGUUCCACGAGCAAGCUCAGUUUUCACUUCUAGAAGACUAGCCUCGCUUCUUCCGCUCAAAUUCGCUCCUGAAAAGAAAGGCUUCAAAAUUCCUCCGCAUCCAGUUAUCAACUCCGCCAUCAUCUCCAUCGCGCUUUAUGAGAACUUCACGGUUCUCGAGUCCAUUCCGGAUGAGCCGAUUCGAAUUCAUUUCCGUUUGCUCAAGUCAGAAGGUCGCUCCCGUCCCCAAUGUGUUUUCUGGCACACGGAAAUCGACGCCUGGUCCCCGCAUGGUUGCUACAUCAUUGUGGAAAACCGGACGCAUGUGGACUGUAGCUGCGCCCAUCUGUCUACCUUUGCCAUUCUGAUGGACGAGGGCGAAGAGUCUGUUUUCAAUAUGAAUCCAUUGAAGACCAUUUGCAUUGUUUUGCUCUCGAUCACCAUCGCCAUCUUGUCUGGCUGCGCGGGGGUCUUUUCUUGCCUCAGCGAAGUUCGCUCUGCCCAGGCUCAUCUUCACAACGCACUCAGCAUUUGCCUUAUCUUCCUGCACGUGACAUUUUUGCUCGGAAUCGACAAGACGGAGAACGAAUACAGCUGUAUGAUCGUCUCCAUCGGUCUCCACUACUUCUACCUCGCCGUGUUCACAUGGGUGGCGCUCGAAACAUUCCACCUUUAUCGCCGCCUCGCUCAGCCUCAAUUUCAAAUUGCUCAACGAGCUGAUCGCCAAGCCGUUCAGUUUUACUACGGCCUUGGUUUUGGUGUUCCAGCAAUCAUUGUCGCUACCUCUGUUGGUCUCCAGCCAGCCGGGUACGGAAACGCACGUUUUUGCUGGCUCGAUUCUUCUGAUCCCCUGGUUGGUGCGAUGAUUGUGCCUGUUUGUCUGAUUUUCAUCGCUACUUGCUCCGGAUUGGUUAUGAGUAUCCGCGAGUACUUGACCGUCAAGCGCGUUGACAUCAUCAAGGAAGAAGUCCGUCGUGACAUCCGCUUACUUUCAUUCCUCGCACCAGUUUUACUCUUCGCCUGGGCCAGCAGCCUCGCCGCGGUUAACCUCAAUUCGCCAGUUCUUUACAUCAUCACUUGCAUCCUCCACCUUGCCGUUUCGCUGUUCAUCCUCGUCGCUCAUGUUCUUCGAUCCGCAGAAGUGAAACGAGCCUGGCAACUGGAGCGGACGAAGAAAGAACGCCAGGAACAGCUCAAAAAUGCAACGAUGGUGACUGGGAAUAGAUCGAUGGUUCAUACGCAUAAGUACUUGAAUAACACUGGCACUACUUCUUCAGACACUUCCAAGCCUCCAUCAGAACGAUUCGAUCGCCACGAAGAAAAAAUGUACCAAGUGAAGCACCAAUCCAUCGGCCGGGUAAAAUCCUCGGACAGCAUGUCUGAAUCCGACGGAUACUCCGACUCCGACGGCGAGUUGCUCAGAAGAAAAGCGAAAAAGGCCAACAAAAAGCUUCGAAAACAGAAACUUCCUCAAGAAGCCGACACAAUUUCUGAAGGAGGAACGCGCCGCACUAGAAUCAUCUGGCACGAUCAAGCAGAUGGAACUCUAGCCUCAACUGCUCGCUCUACCCUCAAGUCUACAGCAGAAAUCGUCGUUCCAGAUGUCAUUCCAAGCAUCGAGAAAGAAGCUAGUCUGAGCACGGAUCUAGACGCGGGCUCAGCUCUGCGAAGACAGAAAUCCAUCCUGAAAAACACUCCCUCUUCCAGUCAAGCAACUACGACAUCGUAG